AAAGUCUCGUACUUUUAACACUUGACUUUUAUUAUUUUUACUGUUUAUCGUCAGAAUAAAUUGGAUAAAUUUUUAGCGAAAGACUAUUUAAAUAGCGCCAACUAAAAGAUAGCAAGUUACGUUUUUGUCUCUAAGAUAUUUGAAUUUAGAGAGAUAAAUUUUUUAAACUGCAUUCUGACUCAAGCUAACUCUAGAAAAAGCCUUUUUGCAUUUUUAUUAAGUAACAAUCUUUAGAUGCUUGAUUGAGUUAUAAACAGGAAGUUUAUCUUAGACUAGAAAAACAGUAAAUAAAAAUACUAAUUUAUAAAAUUAAGUUGUAAAAUUAUAAGUUGAAAUGACCACAUUUUAAACUUUUUAAAUUCAAGUAAUCAAACAAUACAUUGAGAAAAUAAGUACAUCAAGCGCACAAACGCUCAUGGGAGUAUGGACUUUGGAUUCUGGCCGAUAUUGAUAUUUACUGAACAUUUAUUUACCCAUUUUUAUUUUUUCAAUUAAAGUUUUUCAAGUAACCAUUUUUUAACACAAAUUUUCAUUGCAUCUUAAAUAAAUUAACAAUAAAUAAAAUUAAAAUAAAAACGAAGUCAAGCUGAAAAAAACUAGGAUUGUCACAGAGGAGUGUCAUUGUCGUAAAUUUAUUAAAAUGGAGUUACAAGAGACGAGCUCAGAUGCGUUGAAUGAGUCGAUGUGGCUGGACCAGCCGCCAUCGCCAUCGUACCAGCAAUUAUCACCGUCUGUUCAACAAAACGGACGCAACGUCAUUGCCACUCAACAAAUUUCCGUAGGUUAUCAUGUCCCGGAUCCCAGCAUUUUGUGGAACGAAAAACAUGAAUCGCCCCAAAAUUCUCCAGAUACAAAUCAACAUUCACUACUUCAUGAUGAAACACGAGGCAACUCACAACCAACCGAACAGGCUUCGACCUCUGGUUAUCAUCAGUGUACGUCACCGCGAAAACGACCUUGCCAACACAAUCAAAUUCCCGAUUUGGAUCGUAAAUGCACUCGAAGAGAUGGUUCUGGUAGUAAUGUUUCGUUACAAGCAUGGUCUUCCCGGCAAGUAGACGAACUCGCCCAGCAUUUGGUUGCUGAUCUAGAUGGUCCGCUAUCUGCUAUCACUACCAAUGAACUCGUUAAUGCUGUUGCGUCUUAUAAUAUGAGCGAAGCUUUGUUGGGAUUACCGUUACUGACAGUUUUCAAACAAGAAGCUCCUUCCCCGGAAAAUCAGAUCAACAACUCAACUUUGAAUCAUGUAUCGCAGAGAAAUAUUAAUGGUCCUUAUCAAAGCAACGGAAAUAUCGGUCUUCUAGCUGAGCCGGAUAGUAAUAACAGCGGGAACAAUAUUGCAAACAAUGUUUCUACCACAACAACAACAAUAACAACAACGACGAUAACACCGAAUAAUACCGGUAAUAGAAACUAUAGUAAUCAUAAUAAUAAUAUUGCGCCAGGGUUUAAUUCUUGUAAUGGCAACAAUGGAAGAGAACAAGUCACUAAUUUUCAUUCUUUAUUGUAUUCAAAUAAAGAAGAUUUUUCUAAUAGUCCGUCUGCUGGAAAUCAUGUAUCGUCAUCUCAGCAAGAAUACGAAUUCAAUGGAGAUAAUCGAUUUCAAUAUGUGUUGGGCGCAGCUACGAGUAUGGCAAUUAAAUUAACUGAAGAAACUUUGACUUAUCUUAAUCAAGGACAAUCUUAUGAAUUGAAAUUGAAAAAACUCGGGGAUUUAUCAGCGUACCGUGGAAGAAUACUCAAAUCAACCAUAAAAAUAUGCUUUCACGAACGAAGGUUGCAGUACACCGAACGUGAACAGAUAUUAGCUUGGCAAAAUGCUAGACCUGGUGAGCGUUUGCUAGAAAUUGAUGUACCUUUGAGUUAUGGGAUGUUAGCAGUUACACAAACUUCUUUGCCAAUAAAUACUGUUGAAAUCACAUGGGAUCCAACUAAAGAAGCUAAUGUUUAUAUUAAGAUUAAUUGUAUCAGCACUGAAUUCACGGCUAAAAAACACGGAGGUGAGAAAGGUGUGCCUUUUCGAAUCCAAGUAGAAACAACUUUAUGCAAUGAUUUCCGGCUGCAUGCAGCCUCCUGCCAAAUUAAAGUUUUCAAAUUAAAAGGGGCUGAUCGUAAGCACAAACAAGAUCAUGAAAAAAUACGACGAAAAUCACCGGAAAAACAAGACUUAUACCAGCCAAGCUGUGAAUGUACUGUUCUUAGUGAAAUACCACUCAAUUUAUUACCGCCAACGACUUCUGGAUUCAACAAUCAACUGAAUUCUAGUGAUCCAAACAAUACAAGUCUAACCCGAAGUUUGAGAAAUGCCGGCGGUGCAUCUCCUUCAGAUUCUGGACAAGAUGAUGUCAGUGAAGGAUCUCCACAACACGUACCAAGAGCACCAUCACCAGCACUCAUUCUUCCAGAUCUAACACCACUAAAUGAUACGACAGUCGAUGGACUGUUUGAGCUUCCGGAAAAUGCAAACCCGAUGCAAACAGCAGCCUGGUUGCGUGCCAAUGGCUUCCGAACACUUGAGGCCACAUUCAAAGACUUUUCAGCCCACGAUUUUCGAUUACUCACUCGAAAAGAUCUGAUCGAAAUAUGCGGCUUAGUUAAAGGUAUCCAGCUUUACAACCGAAUUAAAUUACGACCAGUCGAACCUCAGCGGACGCUAUACUUUUCAAUGGAAACUGAUGACAUGGACGUUUGGAAAGUUAUUUAUUUGCACAAUUUGACGAGUGAAGCUCUCACUGUUGAAAUUAUUAAGAAAUUUAAUUUUUCUCAUGAACGUUUACAUUCCGUUUGGGUUAGAGGACCACAGAAUAUUAAGAUUGUCAUAUCUAAUGAAGUUGUGGAAAAUAUGAAAGAUGAAAAUUUAUAUUUAAUCGAAAUUAUAAAAGAUUCACCUAAUGACAACUAUAAACUAUUAUUGAAGCCCUUCAAUCCUGAAAAUGACGUUAAAAAGAAUGCACGAGUUGCCUGAGUAAAAUUUUAAUAAUUUUUUAUAUCCAUAGAAUAAUUUGAAUAUUUUUUUAUGAUAACACAAUUCAAUAAAUUGUGAUACUUCUCCGACUAAUUUAGUUAAUGACAAAGUGACAAAACUCAGAACAAUUUUUUUUUCUUGGCAAUUCAAAAAAAAUUUAUUGUAUUUAAAAGAGUCCUCUGGCGAUCCGAUUGACAGUCGGAAAAAUUAAAAUUUUACCGGAAUUUCCGGAAUUUUUACCGUAAAUUUGCAGUAUGCCAUAUUAACUGUAAAAAAUACCGGAAAUCCCUGUGAAAUUGCCACUUUAAUGUAAUUUUCUAGAAAACACCGUAAAUUCCAUAAAAUACAGCAUUAAUGACAAACUUGCCGCAUUUUAUAGUAAUUUACAUCUAAUUACGGUAAUUACCAUAAUUUGGAUCCGUCAAUUUUUUUUUUAUUUCUAAUUGCCCAAUUUAAAGUGGUUCGAUUAUAAAACAAUUUCACUACAAAAAUUGUUUUUAAGCCUUCUUGAAAUUGUUACGAAUCAGACAAAUUUAAUGAAUACUGAGCUCGCAAAUUUCAUAAAAUUGAAAUAAUUUUAUUUAACAAACAAUUAGCAUUAUUCGUACAACUAGAUCUCUUAUCAUGACUUCUUUUUUUUUCGGUUCCCAUAAUAUUCAUUAAGAAUUUAAAUUUCAUUUUAAAAACCGAAUUAUAUAAAAUUGUAUCUUAUUAAUUGCAUGCCAAUUAACCUAUAAUUAUAAUUUGAGUGGAUUGUUUUAAUAAUGAUAUUAGCUAAGUAAUUAAGUAAAUUUAUGUUAUGACAAUAACUUUUAAAUUGUCUAUUAAAGAAACUAGUGCUGAUAAAAAUGAAUUAUCAAUUUAUUUAAUGUUUAAAAUACUAACAUACAUUGAAGUUUUAUUGACAAUAUUAUGUAUUAUUGAUAUGUUAUAUCUAAAGUUAAAUAAAUAUUUAAAAUAUCAUGUGAUGAAUGUAAUUAUGACUCAUGAUAUCCUAUAAAUUUAUAGCUUUGGGAAACAAAAGCAAUGAUUUGAUGAGAAUCAUAAUUACGUUACUAGAAAAUUUUAUAAAUAUUAUUUCGCAAUAAUUAAUUUUUUAUGUCUUACACUAUUCUCAAUCACGUGAUAUUUUUAUAAGAAAGUAAUAUUAAGUGAGAAAAAACGAUAUAUAUUUUAUAGUAUUUUUAG